UUCUCUUUCUGUAGCUCUGGUCCAGGGUGUUAGGUCUUCCUCGGUCAGUGAGGAAAUAUAAGCUUGAAAGAAAACAUGUACAAAGUCCAUAGAUAUUUUCCGGACACUUUUGGGUAGUUCUCUUUUCACGAUCUUUGAGAUUCCUUCGGUCACACGUCCACUUUCUAACGCAGACGUGGACAGUGAACUGCAGCGAAAGAACAAACUUCGAACACGUAUGCACAAGCAAAGUCAAACACUCACGCACACAUACAGGGAGUUGCUGUUAGGUGGUGUUGUUGAAGCCCGAAGAGCAGAGCACCAUGGUGGUUUCAUUGGCCUGGACGUUACGCCAGCACUUCCAGGGUUUCCCCAAGCCCAGCGACUUCCAACUGAAGAAGGAGACGCUACCGGAGCCCGAGGACGGGGAGGUGCUGCUGGAGGCUGUGUUCCUGAGUGUUGAUCCCUACAUGAGGCCCUACAGCCGGAACAUGAUGAAGGAAGGGGACGUGAUGAUCGGGGAACAAGUUGCCAAGGUGAUUAAGAGCCGUCACCCCAGCUUCCCGGUGGGUUGCCACGUGACCAGUAAGUGUGGAUGGAGGAGCCACUGGGUGUGUGCCGGGGCAGAACUCAUCCCGGUUCUACCUGACUGGCCCCAGGACGUCUCCCUCUCCCUGGCCCUGGGGGCCAUCGGUAUGCCCGGGCUGACUGCUCUUUACGGUCUGGAGGAGGUGUGCGGGAUAAAGGAGGGGGAGACCCUUCUGGUGAAUGCCGCAGCUGGGGCCGUGGGCUCCAUCGUGGGGCAGAUCGGCAAAAUCAAGGGUUGUACCGUGGUGGGCUGCGCCGGGACGGACGCCAAGCUGGCCUAUCUGAAGGAGCUGGGCUUUGACCGCGCCUUCAACUACAAGACCGUGACCUCGCUGGAGGACGCUCUCAAGGAGGCGGCCCCGAACGGAUAUGACUGCUACUUCGAGAACGUCGGCGGGCACUUCUCCAGCGCCGUGAUGCCCCAGAUGAGGGAGUUCGGCAGGAUAGCUGUGUGCGGGAGUAUCUCCAUGUACAACGACACCACCCCCCAGACAGGGCCUUACGUACACUCCCACAUGGUCUUCAAGCAGCUGAAGAUGGAGGGCUUCCUGUGUGGUCGCUGGAAACACAAAAACCAGGAGUCCCUGAGGAGGCUGAUGUCCUGGCUGACCGAGGGCAAGCUGAAGAGCUGUGAGCAUGUCACCAGUGGCUUCGACAACAUGCCUGCUGCCUUCAUAGGCAUGCUGAAGGGAGACAACAUAGGCAAGGCCGUGGUCAAGGUGUGAGGACGUCACACUCCUCCAGGACAUCCUGCCAAAGCAUUCCAGAACCCUUCACUGCCAACACACUCCAGCACCUGGAACCCCAAACUGUCACACACUAGUGUUUGGUUACAUGCUUUGGUUCCAAUGUGAGUCGGGCGAGUGAACUGGAUGCAGCAUACUGUGUGUUAGAAAAUACCAAAGAAAAUAAAAAUGUUCACAAUUCUAUGUUUAUAUUACAUCCAA